AUGGACGCAUCUCGACUCGUUACGCUAUAUGUGGGCCUGCUCCUUGUUUUCCUUGGGAAUAUACCGUGUUUCCAGUCUGCUGCUAUCAUCUCUCCCUCUGCGCCGAGGAGAAACAAGGGAGCCAGGGUCUCUCAUCAGGACGGACAAAGGUCGUCCAAAUUCCUAAAAGACAUCUUUGCGUCUUCGCAUCCUAUGGUGGGCCAUCAUAAAGAAGACCCAAAGGACGCAAUUGUGCCGCAUGACUACAUGCUCUCUAUAUACAGGACAUACUCGACUGCAGAGAAGCUCGGACUAAACGCAAGCUUUUUCCGCUCCUCUAAAUCUGCCAACACAAUAACAAGUUUUGUGGACAGGGGAACAGACGAUCUUUUGCACUCUCCUCUGCGAAGACAAAGGUAUCUGUUUGAUGUCUCAACCCUUUCAGACAAAGAGGAGCUGGUCGGGGCAGAAUUAAGGAUAUUUAGGAGAGCGCCCGGGGAUUUGCAGACUUCCCUGCAGACGACGGGUCUGUACGAUAUCCAGCUCUACCCCUGCCGCUCGGACAAACUGCUGGACUCCAGGUCUCUGGACCCGCUGGACUCCACCAAGAGCGGCUGGGAGGUUUUGGACGUGUGGGAAAUGUUCAAAGCACACCAGCGUCAUUACCAUCACCCCCACCAUCACCAUCAGCAGGGGAACCAGCUCUGCCUCCAGCUCCGCGUCACUCUCGGCAAAUCAGACACCGAAGUGGACCUGAGGCAGCUGGGGCUGGACAGGAGCAGCCGGUCCCAGCGGGAGAAGGCCAUCCUGGUGGCGUACACCCGCUCCAAGAAAAGGGAGAAUCUGUUCAACGAGAUGAAGGAGAAGAUCAAGUCGCGGAGGUCGGUCGGCGAGAAGGAGGAGGCGGUGGUGAAGGCAGCCACGGAGGAGGGGGUUUCGCUGAGGGGGGUAAAAGGCGAGGGGCCUCGGCGGCGGCGGAGGACCGCGCUGAGCAACCGGCACGGGAAGAGGCACGGGAAGAAAUCAAAAUCCAGAUGCAGCAAAAAGGCGCUGCAUGUGAAUUUCAAAGAGCUGGGUUGGGACGACUGGAUCAUCGCGCCCCUGGAUUACGAGGCGUACCACUGCGAGGGUGUGUGUGACUUCCCUCUGAGGUCGCACCUCGAGCCGACCAACCACGCCAUCAUACAGACUCUCAUGAACUCUAUGGACCCAAACAGCACCCCGCCUAGCUGCUGCGUCCCCACCAAACUCAGCCCCAUCAGCAUCCUGUACAUAGACUCAGGCAAUAACGUGGUGUACAAACAGUACGAGGACAUGGUGGUGGAGCAGUGUGGGUGCAGGUAG